UAUGUAUGUGCGUGCAAGCAAUGGAAACAUAAAUUUGGGGUUGCUUCCUUCUUUUGCCCGAGUAUAAUUAUAUAUAUAUAUAAAAAAAAAUCAGCGAAGAAAUCGCCAAAAUAGUAAGCUUGAGGGGGCUCUCUCACCAGUCAAUCAGUUUCUCUAUCCCUUCGCAUAAAUGAAGUGGUCGAUUGAGUUGCCCGCAGCCGGCUUCUCUCUCUGCCUAGCUAGCUAAGAAAAUUGAAUUCAGUGAAAAAGAGGAUACCGCUUGCUCUUACCACUACUACUAAGUAGUAUCAUCGUCAUCGUCAUGAUGGACCUGAGCGGUAAAAAACGCGCAUCGCGGUCUGUGUUGGUGCCUUCGACAAGUCAUCAGCGGCAGCACUCCAAUCUGGAACGCUUUCUUCAAUGUGUAACUCCAGCUGCUCCUCCUAAAUUCCUUCCCGAGAGCUGCAUUCGUGAUCUAAAUAGCUUAUGGCAACCACCUGGUACCAAGGAUAUGAUUGAAUAUUUCACUUUGGGAGAUUUAUGGGGUUGCUACGAUGAAUGGAGCGCAUAUGGUGCUGGCACCCAAGUAGUAUUGAGCAGCGGCGACACCAUUAUGCAAUAUUAUGUCCCUUACCUGUCAGCCAUUCAGAUUUACAGCAAUAAGUCGGUGGUGGCUUCCAGGGACUCAAGAGAGUAUAAUGAUGUUGUCGAAUUUGAAGGUGAUUCUUGGAGCGAUGACAGCAUGAGUGAUAAACUGUCGAGGUCGCUAAGCAACAAUUCCAGCAAGACAUGGGAUACCAUUUCUGAGGAUUCAAGCUUUGACCAUGAGGGUUCUUUGUCAAUGAGGGAUAAGCUUGGCUCUCUGUCCCUUCAGUACUUCGAGAUAUCUUCUCCUCACUGGAGGGUUCCACUUUUAGAAAAGAUAACUGAAUUAGCCAGGAAUAAUCCGGGAUUAAUGACACUCAAGAAUGUGGAUCUUUCUCCGGCGAGUUGGAUGGCUGUUGCUUGGUACCCCAUAUAUCACAUUCCAUCUCAGGGAAAUGAGAAGGACCUGUCAUCAUGCUUCUUGACUUAUCAUACACUUUCAUCAUCUUUCCAAGAUUGCGUCAAUGAGGCUGGAGAGGGAAAUGUCUGUAUAUCCCUUCCUCCAUUCGGCCUGGCCACAUACAAAAUGCAAGGGAAUCUUUGGAUAAAUCCAGAGACAUCUGAUGAUGAAAGAAUGAUUUAUCUUGAAAGUGCUGCUGAUUCCUGGUUGAAGCAGCUAAAUGUCCACCAUCAUGAUUAUAGCUUUUUUACCAGCUGCCACUACACCAUGUAAAUUGGUUUGUUCUCUAACCUGUUUCCCUCCCACCUAGGUUUGUUUUUCUCCAGUUAUCCAGCAACCACCAUGAAAACAGUCCCUCGUUGGCAGUUCUGAUAUUAAUGUAUAACUUUAUUAUGCCCGCCUACUUUGUAUAGGCAUGCAUGUAAAAGGUUUCGAAGUUAAAUGUAGUUUGAAUAAGCCAUGAAGCGGUUCCCAAGUAUACAAUGGCUUGUUGAUCCAGAAAGUUUUGUUAGAGGGGGAGUUUGUUUUGUGGACUGAGUUGGUUUCCUUGGCAAAGAGGAAGAAGAGACUUUAAAAAAUGAGAGUUUGUGGAUCGGCAGCUUAGUCUCAGGAUGUCCAUUUUCUUAAUUUCUUAUUAUCUUGUAAUCUGAGCUUUGUAUCACAAGGAUCUGUUGCUAGUUUCUAAUGUGCAAAAGUGUUGUAAAUGGAUUUGUUCUUUCUUUC